AUGCCGCUCAGAUUGCGUUUGUUCGAUGACGUCAGUUCCGGAUUCGGUCACGACCGCGAAGCUUCCCCUGCUGAACUCGAGGCCAUGUUGACUCCUAGAGCAUCAGGAAACAAUGUUUUCUGCAGGGGGGAUAAUCAUGGACAAGACACGCCUUUGUCGAUUGAAAUUCCUGCAAAACCGAUGAUGCGACGUCGUACUGCGUUUGACGUCCGACGCGGUCUCUUUUCCGGAAAGCGCUCUGCUUGUGUGGACCUAAUAUUAUCACCAUUACAAGCGGUCAAAAAGGCCAAAGAUGUUUCGUGCAAAACUCCCAAAUCCAACGAACGUUGUAGAAACGGGAUCAUCAGCGCGGUCGAAACGCUUGAAACCGGAGAUGACAUGAUCGCUGACGGGUCAUGUAAAUACUCACUUCCGACAAUUCCCGGAAAGCACAAAGACCUUACGUCCAUCUCACCGGAAGCGAUGGCUGAUUUUAUUCGUGGAAGUUUCAGUGACGUCAUUGGUGACGUCACCAUUGUGGAUUGCCGGUACCCGUACGAGUUCGAGGGCGGGCACAUCAGAGGGGCUGUAAACAUGUACACGAAAGAUGAGGUCAACACCUUGCUUCAGAAACCAGUAGCUGACAACAAGCGUCACGUGCUGAUCUUCCACUGUGAAUUCUCAUCAGAAAGAGGGCCGAAAAUGUACCGGUUUCUGCGCGCGCAAGACCGGAUGUUGAACAGCGACAAUUACCCGCGACUGAACUUCCCGGAAGUGUACCUGCUCCAUGGCGGAUACAAGGCCUUUUUCAACAAGUAUCAGGAUCUAUGUGAUCCGAUCAGCUACAAACCCAUGUUGCAUGAGAACCACUCUGCCGAUCUACGUCACUUCCGGGUGAAGUCGAAAUCCUGGACAGGAGAUGACGGCAAUCAGAAGACAAGUAGACGCUACCGCAGUCGUCUAGGCCGCCACCUUAGUUUCUGA